AUGUCGAGUCGCCGGUGGCGGGUCGCUGCGACAGUGUGGCUGUGGUGGCUGCAGGGAUCAGUGGCUUCCUUGUGUGAGGUUGAUACCUUCUCGGUCGAGUAUGGCAAGAUCCAGAUCGACCUGAAGGCCCACAACAUCCCUGAGACUUGCUGCGCCGACAUGCGACGCAUUAUGAGCUCGACACGAUUGAUGAAAUUGAAGGGAAUUCUUCCGGCUCCAAGAUGGCUGCAUGGAGAUGAGGGCAAGUCAUGCUCGGAGGUGUGCGUAGAGUUCGGAGAAAUAUGCAUCGAGCAUGCAAGAAUGUCGUCAGAGGACACCAAGCAUGCUGCUGCUCAGGCCGAAGUUUCUUGCAAUCAGAAUUUGUCAGGGGUCUUGUGGCUUCCCGAGCUACAACCUUCUUUCUCCAAGGAUGCAACGGAAGCAAGCAUGAAAGGAUGUGACAAAGCCUUCGCAGGCCUCAAUGAAGCGAUAGCCAAACGGCAUGAGCAGGUUCAUAUGAGUAAUAGAGAAUACGACAAGGCUCAGCCCUGUAGGAAAGGAUACUAUUGCCCUGCUGGAGUUAUCCCUGUAGUCUGUCCGACCAACUUUACUUCUUUCCCGGGAUCCUCAAAGGCUACAGACUGUUAUCCUCGUGAUCACGCUUCCUUGGAGAGGGAACGAAAGUUACGUGAGGCAAUGGAUGAAAGCUAUCAUGUCGCGUUCCGUGAACACCAGAAGGCCCUGCUGGAGCUGUGGGGGGUGAAUAGCUCCGUGGUGGAGCAAUACAGCAUUGAGAAAGAGGAGCCAGUUACUAGGGAAGAGCUCUUGUUCUGGGAGAUGGAAGAAGUCAGAAAGAAGACGGCGGAAAAACUGUUGGAAGGUGGGGGGAACUUUCGUCUUUCUCGGUUCAUUAAUUCUCGCUUCUCCCCCAGCAAGCUAUGCAGAGAUAUCUGUCGGUGGAAACGAAGACAAGGGCAGUGA